AUGUUCGCUCUGAGCACAAACAUCUUUGGAGUGCUUAUACUGGUCGUGUUUACGGGACGCCCACCAUUCGUAGAGGCUGAUGAAGAGGGUCGGCUGAUCACAAAAUGGGCGUCGGAAUGCCAUUCCGCGGGGGAUUUGGCCAGCCUCAACCACCCCACCAUGGACGCCCCUGCGGAUGCAGUGCUGCGUGUGGCUCAACUCGCCCUCUCCUGCACUACGGAGCGCACUGCAACCCGCCCCAGCAUGGCACACGUUGCCAACGAGCUGCAGGCCAUCCGGGAGGAGUGGGUGGGGAAAGAGGAGCUGAGUGUGGCUGUCAAGGUGGAUGCGCAGGUGCAGGAGAAGGAGGUUGUUGCCAGUGCGCUAAGCCUCGACGAACAACUUCAGAUUCUUGAUGACAAGUUGGUUGAAGGAUAA